AUGCCUUGGAAUCGACUUAUCGCGAUCAGUUGCCUGAGCUGGGUGCCAGCAAUACUGGCAGUUCCCCAGGCAAAAGUUGUUCGAUCUACGACUGUUCCACCUGUAGUCAGUCACCCAACUUCGCUGACCCACACUCCAUUCAGUGGCACUCCAACCACCACCGGGGCUUUACAUGCUUCUUCAAUAGGCACUGGGGUUCCUAGCCUGGGGAUCCCACCCACAGCGACAACUUACCCUAGCGACGGGCAACUCCACGGCCCUCAACCAGGUCCAUAUAUCCCAGCUGGGGGUAUCGGAACUGGCGGAGAAACGCCGGUUUACAACGCGAAGAGCGACUUCGACUAUGAGUCGUUGGCUCUUGCUCUUUAUCAAGAGUAUACCGAGCUAGAUCUCUUCCACGAUGGCUUGGCCCGCUUUUCGGUAGAAGAAUUCACAGCUGCUGGGCUCACAGCUGAGGAUCGUUUUUUGAUCGAGUUCAUGGCGGACCAGGAGGUUGGGCAUGCAACGAUGAUUACCAACAUACUGGGCGCCGAAGCCCCUAGGAUGUGUACCUAUAACUAUCCGUAUACUACGGUACACGAGUUUGUGGACUUCUGUCAGAAGCUUACUCGCUUUGGGGAGUCUGGUGUUUAUGGCUUCCUGCCUCAUCUCAACUCGCGCGAAGCAGCAAUACUUCUUCUCCAGUCGAUUACCACAGAAGCUAGGCAGCAAAUGAUUUUUCGUCAAUUCGAAGGACUUUUUCCGAUGCCGGUCUGGUUCGAGGUUGGUGUACCCCAAUCUUGGGCUUGGACAUUACUGGCACCAUACAUCAGCUCGUGCCCCGAAAAUCAGACAAGGUUGGCCUGGCAGAACUUCCCUGCCUUAUACAUCGAAAAUCAGCCGAAUCCGGUGAGAAUCAACGGAUCAGCUGCCUUCAAUGAGACCGUAGGAGGAGGUGUGAAUUCAUUGAACAGAACCGCUGUCCCCAGCGACGCCUCUUGUGUCAACUCGACUACCCUGGGCUUUAGCUGCUAUCCUGCGAUUACGCACAACCGCACACUACCCCUGUCAUGGCCAGGCCGAGAGGUUUUCCUGCAUUGGGAUGAACCAGGUCGACCAGUCGGACCAAACAACAGCUACAUCACCUCAACGAGCGCCGGAGAUCCGAAGUACGUAGUGUGGGUAACGCAAUUGAAUGUGACAUAUUCUCCCCUAGAAAUGACUGGCGACAACUGUGGAUCGACAAUCCAACCUGACAUUCAAACUUAUGCCGGAGACCCUGCAGUUAACGGCACCAUGUUCAUUGCGAUUACAGACUCAGACCCCUAUUUGAGUCCGUUCAACCUCUCAAUGAUCAAUCCCCACGUAGUUGCUGGCCCAGCCCUCUAUCAAUCAGGGUAG